AUGGUCCGUUAUGAUUUGGGUGAUGUGUUCUCGGGAACGUGGUCAAAAGGAGUCCACUAUUCAGGAGUUUUAGAAGAAUGGUUUGGUCAACGCUGGUGGUCAACGCGCCCUGUGUUGUUGUUUCUGACAACACUUUUUGUCUUUCUGCCUCUGGCAUCCUUCAGGCGUGUGGAUUCACUGAGAUACUCGUCAGCAUUAUCAGUUGUGUUGGCUAUUGUUUUUGUGGUGAUAACAGCUGGUGUUGCAAUUGUUAAGUUUAUUGAUGGAAGCAUUGAGAUGCCACACUUAAUGCCUCAAUUCACUGGCCAACAAUCCUUUUGGAAGCUUUUCACUACUAUCCCUAUAUUAGUCACUGCUUACAUCUGUCAUCAUAACGUUCAUCCUAUAGAGAAUGAACUAAAAGAUCCUUCCCAUAUGAAUGCAAUAGUUAAGACAUCACUCUUACUAUGCUCAUCUGUAUACAUAGCAACAAGCCUUUUUGGAGUUUUAUUAUUUGGAGACAAAGUACAAGAUGAUGUACUAGCCAAUUUUGAUGGAGAUCUUGGAGUUCCUUAUGGUUCAUUUCUUAAUGAUGUAGUUAGAGUGAGCUAUGGAAUUCACCUUAUCUUAGUCUUCCCAAUUGUGUUUUUCUCACUUCGUCUCAACUUAGAUGGUCUUUUGUUUCCACAUGCCAUUCCUCUUUCUUUUGACAACAAAAGAUUCUGUUUUGUCACCACAAUUCUAUUGGCUUUUGUUUUUGUUGGAGCUAAUUAUGUUCCUAGUAUUUGGGAUGCCUUUCAAUUCACAGGUGCUACAACUGCCAUAUCUGUUGGAUACAUUUUUCCAGCUGCUAUUGCUCUUAGGGACACUCGUGGGGUUGCAACAAAAAAAGACAAGAUGUUAUCUUUGUUUAUUAUACUCUUGGCUGUCUCAUGUAGCACUGUAGCCUUAUCUAGUGACUUGUACAGCAUCUACAAUAACGAAACAACAUUAGAUGAAGACCCAUUAUUAUCAUGAUUGUUGUGAUAGAUUAUUACCCACGUUGAAGUCCUGGAAUUAUAUAUCAUACAGUACUCUCCAACAGUGUUUUUUAGGAAGUACUUUAGUAAACUCCCUAAAUUCAACCUACCAGAAGUCACUGAUUGAUUUUUCUUGUGGUGUAUUGACAAGUCAACUUGUAUAUCCCAGGUACUUUAGUUGUGUUUUGCAAUUUUAUUUGUCCCUUUAAUAGUAUAUAUAACUGUAAAAACCAAUUGUAUAUACAUUUUGUAUACAGUAUAACAAUUUUUAUUUUGAAGAAUUA